AUAUAAUAUAAACCCUCGCGACCUCGUCGUUCUCUCUCUCUCUCUCGCUCGGCCCCGAAAACGAAACCCUAAUCGAGAUUUCGAGCCCUUGAUUCAUGGAUCCGCAGCAACCCGAACCUGUGAGCUAUAUUUGCGGAGAUUGUGGGGCGGAGAACACGCUGAAGCCCGGCGAUGUGAUUCAGUGCAGAGAGUGUGGAUACCGCAUCCUUUACAAGAAACGCACCCGCAGAAUUGUUCAAUACGAAGCACGCUGAGGAUGAAUGCAGAUUAAUUUCGCCGGUGAGAAACGCUAUGUAUGUUUUGUCGAACUUGUGAUCUAUAACGUAAUAUUGGACGUUUAUCAGUCAGAUCAAAUUCUUUUCUUGCAUUGUUUACAUGGUGUAGCCGUGGUUGCAUGAUUGUUCUGUGAUGUGUUUGCGACUUACACUCCGAGGGAGUUCGGUUUGCUAUCUGUUGCUGAAUCUAGAUAUAAACAUGGCAUCGCACUAAUAUAAAUCUAGAAUUAUUUCAUGCU